GCGUUUUGGCUCAAGCUGAUCCUGUCUCAGGCCCACUGUGGAGGCGGCCGUCCUUGGUCUUCCCCCCGCUCAUACGCAGAGGGGUGGAGGAUCAUGCAGCGCCUGUUCGGGAGAGCGAAAGAAGAGCCCGUGAAGGCCCCCGCGCCCACCUUGCAGGAAGCAUCGGCCAAGAUCGAUGCCCAGAUCCAGGGGCUCGAGGAAAAGAUCAUUGCCGCGGAGAAGGAGGCCAGGGAACACGUGGCAAAGGGGGCGGCCAACCCCAUGGCGAAGCAGCGCGCCCUGCAAGCUAUGAAGAAGAAGAAAAUGUACGAGCAGCAGAGGGACCAGCUGCUGGGCACGCAGUUCAACGUGGAGAACCUGGCAUUCCAGCAAGAGCAGGCCGAGGUCACCAUGACGGCCGUGGAGGCCAUGAAGGCCGGCCAGGAGCAGCUGAAGGCCGCCACGGGGAAGAUCAACGCCAGCACGGUGGACAAGCUCACGGACGACAUGGCCGACCUGCAGGACGAGAUGAAGGAGAUCCAGAGCGCCCUCGCCGCGAGCAGCCUGGGCAUCGACGGCGCCGACGACGCGGAGCUCGAGGACGAGUUCGCGAAGAUGGAGGAGGAGAUGGCCAUGAUGGCGCUGGCGGGCGGCGGCGCCUCGGCCGCCGCGCCCGCCGCGGCCUCCGCCGCGCCGGUGGCGCCCGCGGCGGCGGAGCCCUCGCCCCUGGCGAUAGCGAGCGCCCCGCCGGCGUGA